CUUUUUCCCUGGAUCUCAGAGGGCUAUAUAUAGAGAGAGCACAUCCCAGUUUUAUAUAAAAUAUCCUUCAAGAAAGAAAAGUUUAUUAAUUUGCACACUUUUAGCUGAUAUAUCUGUGCAUGGACAAGAUACUGGAUGAUAACAUUCAUACGGCACAAUUAAAAAUCAUUCAUACAAUACGGAAUCAUAGAAGCAGGGAGUGAAGGACGCUAUACGGAAGAAAUGUCUUUCCGCAGAAAUUCGACAGGGGGCAGCCAAAAACCAAAAUACAAAGCCAACGUUUACUUUAAAUCAGUUAAGAUCUUCUGAGGAUGUUUUGACCCUCGGUGUAGCUUCCUCUAAAUAAUACAUAAGCGUGUUUAGUUUCAGUAUCAUGUCAAUAAAGUGUUUAUUAUUGCAUUAAUAGACUAGGGGUUUUUGGGUUUUACUAUACAAAAUUCAAUAUGAUUAAUUCUGACCUGUACGCAUCUAGGCUUAAGCAAUUGUGCGAAAGGUUUGGCGGUUGCUGAAACCACAACGCUCUUCACCAUGCUAAGUGGCCAGAUUAAAUGUAUUGUUCGCCUACUAAGUAUAACGAAACACAAUGACACGAAUGUGAUCCGAAGACCCGAAUGAAGGAAAUUUCAUAAGCAGUGUGAAUUAUGUCCAUCCCUGUUGCACAAACGUGUGCGGCAUUACGGUGAAAUGAUAUGCAUGCAUCGUUCAGGUUGGAGUCCCUUAGCCAUAGGAAGAGAAGCGCUGCGUACAGACGAUGCAACCAAAAUGCCGAAUAUAACUCUAUAGUGACCGCGCUCCCGUGGUAAGACUAGUUGGCGUGUUUAGAGGUGACCACCUGUCGACGGUGCAACUGAACAGAGCAAACUCGGAGACUUGGAGGGACGAGAUACCACACUCUCUGAUCUCCCAUGGCUGCAAAAAUGAAACCCAACACUCUGGACGUCCAGCAUCCACCAGCGACCCUCUCCGUGCAGAAUAGCAGCCGUUUAACUCCGGGAGAUGCGGCCGAUGAGUCGUCCGACAGUGAUGGAGAACAAGAGGAGACAUCGCAGAGACUCAUCAGGAAGGUGUCCACUUCAGGACAGGUCCGGGCAAAGAAAUGUGUGAAGGAGGGAUUUCUUCUCAAACAAACCAGCUCCUUCCAGAGGUGGAAGAGGAGAUACUUCAAGCUACGAUGUCGGACCUUGUACUACGCCAAGGAUUCCAAGUCUCUGAUAUUCGAUGAAGUUGACCUGUCUAACGCCAGUGUCGCUGAGACCGGCACCAAGAACAUCAACAACAGCUUCACGGUGAUUACUCCAUUCCGGAAGCUAAUGCUCUGCGCGGCCACGAGGAAGGAGAUGGAGGACUGGAUUGGAGCCUUGAAAUCUGUUCAGAAGUGGGAGAGUUAUGAGAUUAACAUGGACCACUUCUCUGGGAUGCACAACUGGUACGCGUGUUCCCAUGCCCGGCCCACCUUCUGCAACGUAUGUCGCGAGGCACUCCCUGGGGUCACAUCCCACGGGCUGUCCUGUGAAGUGUGCAAAUUUAAAGCUCACAAGCGCUGUGCCGUGAGGUCCACCAACAACUGCAAAUGGACCACGCUGGCGUCCAUCGGGAAUGACAUCAUGGAGGACGAGGAUGGGGUGUCCAUGCCGCACCAGUGGCUGGAGGGAAAUUUGCCGGUGAGCGCCAAGUGCGUGGCGUGUGAGCGCAACUGCGGCAGCGUGCGCCGGCUCCAGGAUUGGCGCUGUCUGUGGUGCAAGGCCAUCGUCCAUAACAGCUGUAAGGAGCUUGUGGGCAAGCGCUGUUCCCUCGGUCAGUUCCUGCUCUCCAUCAUCCCUCCCACCGCGAUCAACAGCAUCGACUCGGAUGGCUUCUGGAAAGCCGCCAGCCCGUCCUACUCCAGUCCGCUGCUCGUCCUGGUCAAUUCUAAAAGUGGAGACAAUCAAGGUGUGAAGUUCCUGCGCAGGUUCAAGCAGCUACUGAACCCUGCACAGGUGUUCGACCUGAUGAUAGGAGGCCCGCAGCUGGGCCUCCGACUGUUCCAGAAGUUUGUGACGUUUCGCAUCUUGGUUUGCGGUGGGGAUGGCAGUGUGGGCUGGGUGCUGUCCGAGCUGGAUAAACUGGGCCUACACAAGCAGUGCCAACUCGGGGUCCUGCCCCUGGGCACUGGGAACGACUUGGCCCGCGUCCUGGGCUGGGGCGGGCUAUGUGAUGACGACACCCAGCUCCUGCAGAUCCUGGAGAAGCUGGAGAGGGCCACCACCAAGAUGCUGGACAGAUGGAGUGUGAUGACGUAUGAGGUCCCCAGCAAACAGUCACCCCCCACCGUCAAAGAGGAAGACCUUCUAGAUUCUCCGCUCCAGGUAGAGAACCAGAAGAACUUCAGAUACGAGUCUGUGGCUUCCCACCUCACCAAGAUCCUGGACUCAGACAAGCACAGCGAUGUCAUCACCUCAGCCAGGUUCCUGUGUGAGGCAGUGAACAACUUUGUGUCAGAGGUGGGGAAGGCGUACGAGAAGAUGUCUGAGAACAAAGAGGAGGCCGACACCAUGUCCAAGAAGUGUGCCAAGCUCAACGAGAAGCUCAACUUGCUGGUGGAGGCCCUGAGCGAGGAGGCCGACGCCCAGCUGUUGCCCGCCGGCGCGCAGUCGCAAGUCCCCAGGCAUGAGAGCGCCCAGUCCGGGGUCACCGGCGUCCCACGGGCCUUCAGGUCCAAAGAGCAGCUGAUGCUGAGGGCAAACAGCCUGAAGAAGGCGCUGCGGCAGAUCAUCGAGCAGGCAGAGAGAGUGGUGGAUGAACAGAACAGACAUACACAGAUAUACCGCAAGUCCUCCUCUUCCUCAGUGAAGAAGGAGAAUUGUGAGGACCUGAAGGAGGGCAGCACAUGCCGUGGGAGCAUAACCCCCAGCUCCUCGUCUGUAUUGCUGCAGAAAUCUGAGAGUCUCGGUUCGAUGGUCUUCUCCGAGGACUCUGUGUCCUACACGGAAAAAUGUGUCAUGAACAAUUACUUUGGGAUUGGCCUGGAUGCAAAAAUCUCCCUGGAGUUCAACAACAAGCGAGAUGAGCACCCCAAGAAAUGCAGCAGUCGCACUAAGAAUAUGAUGUGGUAUGGAGUGCUUGGGACCAAAGAGUUGGUGCAGAAGACCUAUAAAAACCUAGAGCAGCGUGUCCAACUGGAGUGCGACGGCGUCUCCAUGUCUCUGCCCAGCCUCCAGGGACUGGCAGUGCUCAACAUACCCAGCUACGCAGGAGGGAUCAACUUCUGGGGAGGAACCAAGGAAGACAACAACUUCGGGGCGCCGUCCUUCGACGACCGCAAGCUGGAGGUGGUAGCGGUGUUCGGGAGCAUGCAGAUGGCCAUGUCCCGCGUCAUCAGCCUCCAGCACCACAGGAUCGCCCAGUGUCGGCAUGUGCGGAUCACCAUCCUGGGCGAGGAGGGCGUCCCGGUGCAGGUGGACGGGGAAGCCUGGAUCCAGCCCCCUGGCAUCGUGGAGAUCGUCCACAAGAACCGGGCUCAGAUGCUGACCAGAGAUCGGGCCUUUGAGAACACGCUGAAGUCGUGGGAGGACAAGCGGAAAGGCGAGAUCUACCGCUCGGGACGACCGCGCCUCGAUUCCCAGCAGUCCAUGGAGUACCUGACGGAGGAGGAGAGCGCCCAGAUGCAGCAGCUGGGGCAGGCGGCCAAUGCGCUCAUCAGCAGGAUCAGGGAGGUGGCGAAGACGCAGAAAUCGCUGGAGCAGGAACUCGCCCACGUGGUGAACGGCUGCUCGCUGCUCCUGGAAGAGGCUUUCUCCAGCAAAGUCUCCUCCCCGGAGCUGCUGAGCCGCACCACAGUGCUGGACAUCGUCAGCAGCACCAAGGCCUUACAGACAGAGACCAAGAUGUUACUGGAUGGCAAACAACUGCAGCUGGAAUCUCACCAGGACGACUCGCUUCACACGGCUCUGGGCUGCCUGAGCACCGAGCUGCAGAAGCUGGGGGAGGUGCACUGGAUCUGCCCCAUCUUACACGGCUCUGAGGAGGAGGUGUCCAAAGGCUGCAGCAAGAGCGGCAUGAAGCUGAGGAUCAAGAUCAAGAAGGAUCGAGAGAAGCUGCAGAAGCAGAAAUCCAACAGCUCGCUGUGCUCCCUGCCGGGUCCGUGGGAUUUCAAAGGUGGGUCAAGUGAGGCGGAUUCGGCCGGCCAUUAACGAGGUCCGAGAGCAGCCCGGACUUCUGUACUCAUCCUGAAAGAAGAUUCUGCCCAGCCAGUGGACAGAGCACCCUCUACAGCACGAAUCCCAUCACACAUCACCCUGUAUCAGUGAACCUGUAUUUGGCACAAAGAGUGAAACACUCCUGAGAGAAGCAGAAUCCAGGAGCAUUUCUGGGUCAGACUUUCACCUGCAUUCUUUUAUCCUUUUUCAAUGACAGUCAGAGAAUGAAAUGGAAGACUUUUCUUGAACAAAAACUGUGAAGGUUAAAGGGAUCAGUUGCUAGUUGAGGGAAUUUAUUAGUAUUAGUGUGGCUGAGAACAGGAGUCUUACGCCCAAACUGGCCUCUUGUACAGCACCACAUUGGCCGGGUGCUUAUUAUCGUGAGAACAGAUGCCAGCCAAGCCCCAUGCAUUCUGGGGGGCCGGAAGUAAAGCACGUUUUCUUUUUCUGACCAAUGGGAACAUCUCUGUUCCUUCUCCUGGCCAAUGACAGCAGCUCUGUUCCUUCACCUGGCCAAUGGGAGCAGUUCUGUUCCUUCACCUGGCCAAUGGGAGCAGCUCUGUUCCUUCUCCUGGCCAAUGGGAGCAGCUCUGUUCCUUCUCCUGGCCAAUGGGAGCGGCUCUGUUCCUUCACCUGGCCAAUGGGAGCGGCUCUGUUCCUUCACCUGGCCAAUGGGAGCGGCUCUGUUCCUUCACCUGGCCAAUGGGAGCAGCUCUGUUCCUUCACCUGGCCAAUGGGAGUGACACUGUUUGCGGCACACUCCUGCUGCAGCCCAGGAGGAAGGUUACUCAAGUGCCGCCAUUUUUAGCUCAGCGCACAUCACCUUGCACUUUGUUUUCGAAAUGCAGAUGUUAACCCGUGUUACUAUCAUUCUUGACAAGUGAACGUGGUGAAUAUAUAUGUAAUUUAAAGUUGUGUAGAAGGCGUGUACAGUAUACUGUUUCAUUUUGCGCACAAACAGGUAUUACAGACUAGAUCGAAAACUCUAAUUCGACAGUCAGCUUUAAAGAAACUGUGGGUUUUAAGCUAGGUACGACAAUAUUUUAUUUGCUAAAAUGAAAGUGCUUCAAAUUUCAAAAAGCUUGAACAAAAUGAAGAAAUUUCAGAGUUAAACACUGAUGCCUCGAAUGUAAACAGUAGGACUGGGCAACCUGGAAGUAAAGCAAUGGCUGUCUGUGGGAGCUGGGUUUGGGAAGCCUUACUGAGCCGGGCGCAGAGAGCCUCCCCGGCUGUGUCUCUGCAGUGACUACCGUAAAAGUGUAGGCAUUCUAGAAGUGUGGUACGUAGCUCCAGGUCGAACAUAUUAAAAGCAAAGCCUUUGUUUAAAUGCCAGGCAGGUGGAGAGCUCAGUGUGACUGUGCAGCUGGGAUAUAUGAAGCCAUUAAUGUCAAGUCACUGACUGAACUGUAUAACGAAGUGGGGUGUGUUGAAUUGCCAGAAAGUAAUUACAUUUUACACACACACACACACACACACACACGCACACAAGUAUUUCAAUUGCAAUCCCAUGACUGUGCCAGAAUACCAGUUUAAACAUAUUUAUUUAUAGUGUUAUUUCUAGGCAUCUGCCUUCCUGAGCCUGUUAUAGAGUCACCAGGAUAUUCAUCAGUGUUACUAGGAAACAUGAUGAAAAAUAAAGUGUGAUGGGAUUUUCUUUUUCUUUGAAAUGCAGCUCUGGUAUCAUGUUGUACAGCAGUGCGUAAAAAUAAUGUCAUGAAAAAGAAUAAACGAUCAGAAAAUGGA